UAGAUGACGGUUGAGUCAGACGAAAAGAAGGGGAAAGAGUGAGAAGGGGCUGUUAGAAAAAAGAUGGCCAGCCGGUUGGGAGGAAUACAGGGGAGAUGAGAGAAAUAGAAAAGAGAAAAACAGGAGAUGUGAACUAAAAUGAGAGGAGAGAGAAUCGGAAGUUUAGGCGUAUCGACGGGAAAGAAAUCUAGGGAUGGAUCGGCAUUUUAAGAGAGAGAAACACGAUCAAAUUCUGUUUGAAAAAAGAUGACCAGCCGGUUGGGAGGAAUACAGGGGAGAUGAGAGAAAUAGAAAAGAGAAAACAGGAGAUGUGAACUAAAAUGAGAGGAGAGAGAAUCGGAAGUUUAGGCGUAUCGACGGGAAAGAAAUCUAGGGAUGGAUCGGCAUUUUAAGAGAGAGAAACACGAUCAAAUUCCAAACGUCGAUCAGCAGGAAGGCAGAGUUGCAUUUUGGCUACAUGAUCCUGAAUCUGGAUGGAGUUACAGUGUUACAAUUCCUUCUACGACGGUUCAGCCCAAAUCGAGAGCCAUUGAUGGAAGUUUGAUUAAUCCUAUAGUGUUUUACAGGGUCCAAGUGGCUAUUGAAUCUCCGCAGGGAGUAAGUACUACCCGGUCAAUACUUCGAAGGUUCAGUGACUUCCUGAAGCUAUUUACAACUCUUAAACGUGUAUUCCCACAGAAGAAUCUACCCCCAGCCCCACCAAAGCAUGCUUUUCUAAGGAUAAACUCAAGUAGGCAACACAUUGAAGAGAGGAGGGCUGCUUUGGAGGAAUGGCUCAACAAAUUACUAUAUGACAAUGAAUUAUCUCGAAGUGUUUCAAUGGCAUCCUUUCUUGAGCUAGAGGCUGCUGCUUGGUCAUCAGUUCAGGAUGCAAGUCAAGCUCAGCAGUCCUUGGAACUGAAUACCACUUCAUCUAAGUUUCGCCCUUGUCCAGGAGCUUCAGUUGGUGAGAGUUCAUCAGUUGCAUCUGGGGCAUUAUCUGUGACACCAGAUUAUGGGAGUGAUAAUACAUGUGAAACUUCGGAUAUUGGGACACCACGACAAGGAAGGAAUCAUGGUGUCGAUGUUGGAUUCGAUGAUUUAACAAUAGAUAAAGAUAUAACUGCUCCACUGGCUACCUAUAAUUUAGGUGAGACGAUGGAAUAUCUCCCAGUAACAGAGGGUGAAGCACUUCGACAUGCGCGGAAACUCUCCAUUGAAAGUGAUCCAAGUGAUGUUUGUUCCUUGAAAGGAAGUGAACGUUCAAAUAUGGGGGUCACUAAUUCAAUGAGUGAUCAGGCAGAGCUUCAUGGGGCUGUGGAGAAGCUUUCUACUUCUGAGGAUUAUAACAGUUGUGUGUCGCAGCUCCUAAGUGACAUACAGAUUGCACUUCCCAUGGAUCAACGCCAAAAGAUGAAUAGGGUUGUUAUAUCAAUGCAACGGAGACUAAAUACUGUGAAAACAGACAUGGAAGACCUCAUAGCAAGAUUGAAUCAGGAAAUAGCUGUGAAAGAGUAUCUUAUGACCAAGGUCAAGGAUUUAGAUGGGGAGCUUGAAACUACUAAACAAAAAAGUAAAGAAAAUCUGCAAAAUGCUGUCUUAAUUGAAAGGGAAAGGCUCACUCAAUUGCAAUGGGACAUGGAGGAGCUUCGAAGAAAGUACUUGGAAAUGGAAUCGAAGUUGAAUUCUGUGCAGGAUGAAAAGAUUCACACUGAGACAGCAAAUCAGACUGCCAGCCGAGAAAAAGAACAAAUGCAACAUGAGCUGGAUAAUAUGAGGGAUCAACUUAAGAACUUGGAAAAGGAUCACAGAGAGUUAGAGCUGAAAGCAAAGACGGACACCAAGGUUCUUGUUAAGGAGGUUAAAUCCCUUAGAAAAUCUCAAACAGAACUCAAACAAGAUCUACAACAGUCUCUGCAGGCAAAAACAGAACUAGAGAGGCUACUCCAAGAAGAGAGGCAAAAGCGAGAAUUUGCGAGAGCAGCUAGGGCUAAGCUUUUGCAUGAAUGUGGAAUCCUUUGCCGUCGACUUCAGGAUUGCAGCAUCAAUAUUCUUACAGAAGAUGAAGAUAGGUUUGCUGUAGAGUUUUCUUCUCGCACAGAUGUUUUUGAUCAAUUGGCAACAUCUGACAACAGAAUUGGUCUUCUCCUUGCCGAGGCACAACUACUGGCUCAAGAGGAUGAAAAUGAUGCACUACAAAAGGUUGACAGUAACGAAUUUCGUGCCAACCUACAAGUUAAUGGCAGUGACUCAAAAGCAGUUGAGCCCAGGGACUUGCAAUGGGCCAAUGAUGAUGAGACCACAGUUCGCAAGAUGUUAACAGAUGUUCUCAUCGACAAUGCUCAACUUAGAAAGGUAAUCAAUUCCGUCAUCCGCUGUGCUGUUAAAACAGUUCCAAAACCCGAGAAAGAGGAAACAGAUGAAGUUCCGUCUAGAAAGUCUGUAUUAAACAAGUUUUUGGAAAGAUGAGAGGGCCAUAAGCUUAUUCUAGUAGGUUUAUAGUAUCAUGGUAUUGAAAAUCUAUGAUGCCUGCGAUCCCAACCUCCGUAAGAUGUGUGUGAUUCAUUAAGGCCAAGAUGAAAUUCCACAUUUUCUGUUGAUAUACCCCAUGUCCUCUUCUAGCUCCUGAUCUAUUCAUGGGUGAGAUGAAGAGUCUUUACACACCAGACCAUUGAAAUUAGUUAAUUCUUCCAGCACUUGGCUGAAACCAUACACAAGAGUGUGGUAGUAUUCUGCAUGCCUGCCAACUCAUUUAUCCCCAAGUGCGGAAUUAGUAUGUGCUAUUCUAGACGGUUGGAUAUGUAUAUGCCAUCCCUUUGGAAGCACUCUUCAAACAAUUUGUACAUCUGUGUUUAAAUUAUUCCUGCCAUCUGAAUGAUAAGAGUUCUGGAAGAAAAUACAUUGGCAUUUGCUUUGAGCAUCUUGAUUCACAUUAUGAGUUAGUUGAUGAUGAAUGCACCAAGCCACUAACUUUUCAAAUGAGAUUAAAACAAUGCAAGGGGAAAUUUGGGAUGGA